CGUUGCCUUUGCUUAAUCAACUGCUGCCUACGUGCCAUGACACGUGCACUCGCACCUCACUGCUCGCGCCGGCGACCGAGCUCCCGGGCCCAACACGUGUCGCCGAACGUGUCUGCCCGCGCGAAGAAAACUCUCAGCCAAUCCAUGGACGCCUAACUUUGAGCUCUCUCCCCGUCACCACCUGAAAGCUAAGCUGCAACCAUGAGCGGCAAGAACAAGCGCGGAGGAAGAAAUGGCGUUGACGCCGUUGCACGGCCGGCGGCGCGUUGCAUGCCGGCGACCAUCGUGUCCCUCGUCGUCCUGCUCCUCGUGGCGUCGGCUCUCCUGUUCAUGCUGUCGCCGCCGGCGACGCCGGGCGGUGGGAAGGGGCCCCGCGAGCCGGUGGAGCUGGCGAUCGGCAUCGCCGGCCACGAGGGCUGGCUGGACGUGCUCCGCGCGUGGGCUAAGCUGGCGUGCUUCAAGCUCCGGCCGGCCGAGCCGCGGUACGAUGUGGUGAACCCGGCGUCCGUGAAGAAUGCGGCCAAGAAGAGCCUGGAGAUGGGCAAGGAGACGGUGGAGCACUCGGCGGAGUCGGCGGCGAGGGCCACGGAGGAGGCCCUGGAGAGGACCACGGAGACGGUUAAGAGGAAGGUCUCGCGCUCGCCGUCGGCGCGGCGCCGUGAUGGAGACCUCUGAACAAGACAUUUUUUCCCUUUCGCAAACCUUGUACUCUGUAGUUUGUGUAAAAUUGUGAACGUACCACGAAUAUGCAACUUACUGCGAAUUUGAUGCAACGUGUAUCUGUUUUCUGUACCGUAUCGAUAUGAGAU